GACAUGUGUUAAGAUUCUUCUGUCUCAAUGUUAACCCUUUACACUCGUCGUGGGAAUUGGCCUAUAUGGAUGGGGCUCAAUUGAAAUGUUUCUUACAGAAAUAUGAAAAGCAUAAGCAUGGUAGCUAUUGAAAGGGAAGAGUUUGGACCAAAGUUGAGUACACAAUCUUUCACCUGACACCAGACUGAAUCCAAAUAUGACACUGUUGAUUUUAUGUGCAUUUAAUAUUUACUGUAUUUUUCACCCAUAUUUGUUGAUAUCAAAGUCUGAAAAAACUCUGGUUACAUUCAGUAACAUGAUAAGAAUACACACAUGACGCUUUGGAUAAAAGCGUCUGCUAAAUGGCAUAUAUAUUAUUAUAUUAAGAAUAUUAAUGGGAAAGUUGGGGAAGAUGCAACAUGACAAGGGUUUGAGCGAGGGGUCUAACUAGCGUUUCCAAGGGGCCACACACCUCUCCAAAGUGGGCAGUUCCUAGAUGAUUUCAAUGCACUUUUAUGACUCAAAGAAUAGUAUUUUUGAGCUUUCCUAAAUGUGCCAUUGAUGACCUAGAGCAAGCACACUUAUAUUUAUUUUGUUUGGAACACAAACCUGCAUCCCUGCCAUCACACAAUUACUGUUGUUUACACAAUCCGGGUCAGGUGGGCAUCAUUUGAUAGCUUGUUCUGCUGGCAACAUGACUAGCUAAGUUAUAAAAUAAGAUCUUAGUGUUAGGCUUUCGCUAGGCAAUUCAGAGAAACAGAUGGUAAUUUUAGUGUGUGUAGAAAGGAGUCAGGAGUGCAUCCAGGUGUGUAUUCUGCAGUGAAUUUUCUCCACAAUAGAUAAACUUAGGCUCAUUCUGUUCAGAACAACCCAUGGUAUGAUGUCGCGUCACCUUGGAACUGCACGUCAAACAUAGUCAUCAAAACACUAUAUAUGAUAUUGAAAUGUGAAGUGCACAUUUAGACUCACGGGUGUUUGGCUUGACAACAAAACGGUAUUUAUAAUCCUCAGAGUCCUCUUAAUUUACAGCAUUCCCCUCACUCCGACAACUAUUUUAUUUGAUCAAAAGUUGCGCAAUUAGCGGGAGGGGUGGGGGCCAACUUCUUGUCGUGAGCGGUGCUCAAGUUCCGAGAGGCUGUCAGUCAAAACCCACACAGCGUUGGGAAGCUCCGACGUCAUUUAUAAACUGGGUGGUUCAAGGCCUGAAUGUGAAUGCUGAUUGACUGACAGCCAUGGUUUACGGUCUGAUAUACCACGGCUGUCAGCCAAUCAGCAUUCAGGGCUCGAACCACCCAGUUUAUAAAUGCCGUAAAGGUUAUGACAAAACAUUUAUUUUUACUGCUCUAAUUACAUUGGUAACCAGUUAAUAAUAGGAAAAAGGCACCUCAUGAGUUUGUGGUAUAUGGCCAAUAUACCACGGCUAAGGGCUGUGUCCAGUUACUGUACAGCCACUGCGUUCCAAUUUAGGUGCUUAACAGUGUCCAACUCUGCCAUUUUCAACCCGUAUACGGUUAUGAGUGUAAAGGGCUACACUGGGCUCUUAAAAUUGCCUUACUGACGACUCAUUCGAAACAAAUGAACUGGAUACUGGAGGAGAGUUAUUGGGUAGGGUAUUGUUUUUGUGUUUUUACCAGUCCCACUCAGUUUCUUUUUGAUUCAAUGGUGGCAUCUUGGAUCCAUUGUGUGGCUUAAGGAGAUGUUAAGGAAAUGUUCUGGGUUAUGGAAAUUGUGAAUCUUUGUUCUCUAGUUAACAACACCUAGUCAGAAACUGUACUCCUGUCUGUCACCAUCUGGAGGGUCUAUGUGAAUAGAUAGAUGACACUUGUUGCAAUUGUCCAUCCUAUAGCUGUUUUUUAAUGUUAUUCUGGUAUUUGUAGGACUGUCCUAGAUGAGAACAGGUGCUUUAGAGGGAAGGGUUGUGUUCAUUAGGUACCAAAUGGAAGAAAACAGAGAAACAGGGAGGGACUACCUGGACUUGCCCAAUAAGAAAUGCUAAUUUUAGUUUUCUGUUGCAAAGCGCUUUCUGUUGCGUGUCCUAAUGAACACGACCCAGGUGUUAGGGUUAAUCAGUUCCAUUUUUCCUAGGAUAGCCUCUGUCAUCCUCCUCUCUUCCACAGGGAACACAGUAAGCCGUCUCUACCUCUGUGCUGUGAAGGGUUGCUAAAUUCUGAAACUGAAUUUUCAUGAAAACCUAGGAACUUUGGGAAAGUUUCAGGAAUUAUGCAACCCAACUACUGUCUCAUCUGCUCUUACUACAGCAGCACAGCAACACACCUGUGUCUCUCACCCAGGUUAAAUCAACCCAGCUAGCACAGAACGUUCCUGUAACGUUUCCUCGUGGUUCUCCUUUGGUAAUUAGAAAAAUAAUUUGCCUACAACGUUUUGGUAACGUUAUGUUGGCUCAGAAACCUUCCCACAACCUCGUUUUUUUUCCUUCCUAGAACGUAAACCAAAAUUUGUUUGCUGGGAAGAUAAUAUGGAUGGGCAGUUAGGGGUGGGGUGAGGGCAUGGCAUACAAGUGUUUGUGCUCACUGCUCCCCCCAUGCAAGGUGGCGUGUGACAGAGGCUGUUCUUCAGAUUCCACAGGGUGUCCGUUUAAACCCCUCGGCGAGAAAUAGAGAAUGAAGCGGGCAGAGACCCUGGGGGAAGAAAGCUGGAGAGGUAAGGGCAUGUUUCUCAUGCAGGGAUGGAUCAAAGCUAUCUUUCUCUGAAACGCUUUUGUCUCUCGCUCUCUCUUGCUCUCUCUCUUUCUCUUUUUCUCUCUCUUUCGCUCGCUCGCUCUCGCUCGCUCGCUCUUGCUCUCUCUCUCCCUCAUAUAAAAAUGUAUUCAUAAAAAUAGUUGAUAGGUUACCACAAUGCACUGUAAAAUGCUGUUUGAUGUUAACAUUGUUUUUAUUUUGAUGUUUAUUUCCAAUGUCCAAUGCUGUUUUUUUUUUAUUGCUGAUAAAAAAUCUACUGUUAACCUGAAACAUUCACCCAAAUGAUCAGUCAGACUUUCAUAUUAGUGUCCCGGUUUUCCCCUUAAAUGUGAGGUGUUGUUGGACUGUUUAACCUCUCAGGCUAGGGGGGGGGGGGUGUGUGAAAAAAGUACUUAACUUGUAUCAACAGACUCUACCUCUCACUAAAAGCCUUGUUGGCCUGGUCCGCUGUUGGAACACAAUUCCUGUAGGAUCAGUGCCAGUGAGGCUAGGGAAGAGGGGCUUCGGCCUUCCUCCUCUCUGGAUCUUUGGACAAUGACCUAAGGGGAGACGCAACUAAAUAUGAGAUGUCACUUAUCUCAACCCAGAGGACUAGAAACGUAAAUAAAUAUAAAAAAAACUGAGGCUGAACCUUACAAAAGACUCUGUUGACCUGAACCUGUUCCUCUCAUGUGAAUUGCCAUUUGUUACUCUUUCCUGUUGGAUCUGAUCAGCUAAUUAUUAUUUUUACACGAGUGCUGUUUGUGCAAUUAAAAAAAAAUAGUUUACACGGUUUCUUUUUGCCUAUUUCAAUAAAACAUGCAUUUAUCAACAAUGUAGGUUUGCUGACACUCCCUGUUUGUGGACUCAUUCACUUUACUGUGGAAUUGAUUGUUGGUCCAUCGUAUGUGUGUGCGAGAUUCAACACUUUUCCCCCCUAUUCGUUAUGCUUUGUCGCUCUCCGUCUGUAUAGUCUGCUGCCGUUAACUUCCAGACCUUUUAAGCAUAACUGAAUGGCCCCAUACCCACUGUGACUGUAGGUAUAAUGUCUGAAGGUAUCAUAACUGAAUGGCCCCAUACCCGCUGUGACUGUAGGUAUAAUGUCUGAAGGUAUCAUAACUGAAUGGCCCCAUACCCGCUGUGACUGUAGGUAUAAUGUCUGAAGGUAUCAUAACUGAAUGGCCCCAUACCCGCUGUGACUGUAGGUAUAAUGUCUGAAGGUAUCAUAACUGAAUGGCCCCAUACCCGCUGUGACUGUAGGUAUAAUGUCUGAAGGUAUCAUAACUGAAUGGCCCCAUACCCGCUGUGACUGUAGGUAUAAUGUCUGAAGGUAUCAUAACUGAAUGUUUGUAUCCGCUUUUACAUGAUGAUGCAAACAAUAGGAAAUGAUAUGCUGGAAUGGGAUUCUGUGUCUGUGCCAAAAAACAGCCGUGUCAAAAUCUUUCACUGUUUCUCUCGUUCUCUUUUAAAGGAUCUUAUCAAAAUCUUAGUAAAAGGACAACAGAGGUAAAGGGUGAGAGCUGAAACUAAAGGAAAAUUGUAUUCUAUCUCAAAUCAGUAGAGCCUCUUCAGAUGAUUAUCGGUAGUCAUGGCAUGACGGCUUUAGCUAGUCUUGAUUUAGUAGAUGUCCAUGAUAAUAGUGGUGGUUAUGUAGAUGUCUCUUGGACAUGGUACUGCUGUCAGUCAUGUGGCCUGUGCUCUCAUCUUUCCCUCUCCUCAUCCCCGUCCUCUCCUGCCCUCUCUUCUCCUGCUAGGCCUUUGUGGUGAAGCGGCUGUUGGAGUACACAGAGCAGGCGGAGCCCGACCUGCCCUACGGCCUGCUGCUGGUCGUGGGGCUGCUAUGCACCGAGCUGGUCCGCUCCUGGUCACUGGCGCUCACCUGGGCCCUCAACUACCGCACAGGCACCCGCCUGCGGGGAGCCAUCCUCACCAUGGCCUUCCACAAGAUCCUGCGGCUCCGCAGCAUCCGAGACAAAUCCAUGGGACAGUUGAUCAACAUGUGUUCUAAUGACGGCCAGCGGAUGUUUGAGGCGGCGGCUGUGGGCAGUCUGCUGGCAGGCGGGCCUCUUAUUGCUGUGCUGGGGAUGGGCUUCAACCUGGCUAUCCUGGGGCCCACCUCCUUACUGGGCUCUGCAGUCUUUAUCCUCUUCUACCCUGCUAUGAUGUUCAGUUCGAGGCUGACGGCCUACUUCAGGAGGAAGGGCGUGGCCGUGACGGACCGCCGGGUCCAGAAGAUGAACGAGAUACUCAACUACAUCAAAUUCAUCAAGAUGUAUGCCUGGGUCAAGGCCUUCUCCCAGGAUGUGCGCAGGAUUCGAGAGGAGGAGCGCAUCAUCCUAGAGAGGACUGGCUACUUCCAGAGCAUCACAGUGGGCGUGGCUCCCAUCGUCGUGGUGAUCGCCAGUGUUGCCACGUUCUCCACUCACAUGUUGCUGGGCUACGACCUCACCGCCGCUCAGGCAUUUACAGUGGUGACUGUUUUCAACGCCAUGACCUUUGCCUUGAAGGUCACCCCUUUCUCUGUCAAGUCCCUGUCAGAAGCAUCAGUAGCCAUGGAGAGGUUCAAGAGCCUGUUCCUGAUGGCGGAGGUGGAGAUGAUCCGGGACAAGCCCCUGAACCCCCAGGUUGCCGUGGAGAUGAUGGGCGCCAGCUUAGCUUGGGAGACGGCGGGUCACAGUGCCCAGCCUACGCCCCGCGGCACCCCCUCUGUUGGCUCCACCCAGAGGCACGGGCGCCGGAGGCCCGCCCAGGAGGACGAGGCAGGGGAGCAGGCAGGGCGUCUGCUGAAGGUGGGGGAGAUCCCUCCCAUCCCCUCCGUCAGCCAGCGACUGCAGAGGACCCUGCACUGUGUGGACCUCACCGUUCGGCAGGGGAAGCUGACUGGGAUCUGUGGAAGCGUGGGCAGUGGGAAGACCUCUCUGAUCUCUGCCAUCCUUGGACAGAUGACCCUGCUGGAGGGCAAGGUGGCCGUGAACGGGGACUUUGCAUAUGUGGCCCAGCAGGCCUGGAUCCUCAAUGCCACGCUCAGGGACAACAUCCUCUUUGGGAAAGAGUACGAGGAGGAAAGGUUCCAGGCUGUUCUGAGUGCAUGCUGUCUGAGACCUGACCUGGCUAUCCUGCCCAACGCCGAUCUGACUGAGAUCGGAGAGCGUGGCGCCAACCUUAGUGGCGGGCAACGCCAGCGGAUCAGCCUGGCGCGUGCCCUGUACAGUGACCGAGCCAUCUACAUCCUGGACGACCCGCUCAGUGCACUGGAUGCCCACGUGGGCAACCACAUCUUCAACAACGCCAUCAAGAAGCAGCUCCGCCACAAGACCAUCGUCUUCGUCACUCACCAGCUGCAGUACCUGGUGGACUGCGAUGACGUCAUCUUCAUGAGGGAGGGCAGCAUCACGGAGCAAGGCAGCCACGAGGACCUGAUGCGUCUCAAUAGAGACUACGCAGCCAUGUUCAACAACCUACAGCUGGGAGAGACGCCCUUCGUGGAGGUGCCAACUAACAAGUCUGGGAACUCCUUAAAGAAACCCCCAGAGAACACAAAGUCUGGAUCUGUAAAGAAGGACAAGCCUGUUAGCAAAGACAACGGCCAGCUGAUGCAGGUGGAGGAGCGUGGACGGGGCUCAGUUCCCUGGUCUGUGUACGGCGUCUACAUCCAGGCCUCAGGUGGAGCGCUGGCUUUCCUCCUAAUCCUGGCCCUCUUCGUCCUCAACGUGGGCAGCACGGCCUUCAGCAACUGGUGGCUUAGCUACUGGAUCAAGCAGGGCAGCGGGAAUACCACAGUGUUGGUGGGGAACAGUUCGGUGGUGAGUGAAAGCAUGAGGGACAACCCCCUGAUGCAGCACUACGCUGGAGUCUACGCCUCGUCUAUGGGUGUCAUGCUGCUGCUCAAACUUCUGCGCGGCAUCAUAUUUGUCAAGGGCACUUUGCAAGCUUCGUCCAGGCUGCACGAGGAGCUCUUCAGGAAGAUUCUCCGCAGCCCCAUGAAGUUCUUUGACACCACGCCCACUGGACGGAUCCUCAACCUCUUCUCUAAAGACAUGGACGAGGUGGACACGCGGCUGCCGUUCCAGGCGGAGAUGUUCAUUCAGAACGUCAUCCUGGUCUUCUUCUGCCUGGGCGUGAUCGGCAGCAUCUUCCCCUGGUUCCUAGUGGCUGUGGGCCCCCUGGUGCUGCUCUUCACCGUGCUCCACAUGGUGUCGCGCGUGUUCAUCCGCGAGCUCAAGCGCCUGGAUAAUGUCACCCAGUCGCCCUUCAUCUCUCACAUCACCUCCAGCAUCCAGGGCCUCUCCACCAUCCACGCCUACAACAGGGGCCACGAGUUCCUGGACAGGUAUCAGGAGCUCCUGGAUCAGAACCAGGCUCCCUUCUACCUGUUCAGCUGUGCCAUGCGCUGGCUGGCCGUGCGGCUGGACGUCAUCAGUGUGGCUCUGAUCAGCAUCACCGCGCUCAUGAUCGUCCUCAUGCAUGGCCAGAUCCCUCCGGCCUACGCCGGCCUGGCCAUCUCCUACGCCGUGCAGCUCACAGGGCUGUUCCAGUUCACAGUCAGACUAGCCUCUGAAACUGAGGCUCGCUUCACUUCUGUGGAGAGGAUUCACCACUACAUUGAGUCUCUAGCGCUGGAGGCCCCGGCCCGCAUCAAGAACAAGGCGCCCCCGCCAGACUGGCCCCAGGAGGGAGAGGUGGUGUUUGACAAGACUGAGAUGAGGUACAGAGACAACUUGCCGCUUGUUCUCAAGAAGGUGUCCUGCACCAUCCGUCCCAAGGAGAAGAUUGGCAUAGUGGGCCGGACGGGCUCAGGGAAGUCUUCUCUGGGCGUAGCUCUGUUCCGUCUGGUGGAGCCCUGUGGCGGCUCCAUCAAGAUGGACGGCAUCAACAUCUGUGACAUCGGCCUGGCCGACCUCCGCAGCAAGCUGUCCAUUAUCCCUCAGGAGCCUGUGUUGUUCAGCGGCACAGUCAGGUCAAACCUGGACCCCUUUAAACAAUACGCCGAGGAGCUGAUCUGGGACGCUCUGGAGCGGACACACAUGAAGGAGUGUGUGUCUCAGCUGCCCCUGAAGCUGGAGUCAGAGGUGGUGGAGAACGGAGAGAACUUCUCCAUGGGAGAGAGACAGCUGCUCUGUGUUGCUAGAGUCCUGCUCAGACAGUGCAAGGUUUUGAUCUUGGACGAGGCAACGGCAGCGAUGGACUCGGAGACGGAUUCUCUGAUCCAGGAGACAAUCCGCAAUGCCUUUCAGGACUGCACCACCCUGACCAUAGCCCACCGGCUGCACACCGUACUCAACUGUGACCGCAUCAUGGUGCUCAACCAGGGACAGGUGGUGGAGUUUGACGAGCCGGCCAACCUGCUGGCCAAUGAGAACUCUCGAUUCUGUUCCAUGCUGGCUGCCGUGGAGAACAAGAUCUCUGUGAAAGGCUAAAAUGAGUACAGGAGGCACAGAUGUGCCCUGGAGACGAGGAGAGGGGAGGACGCUCCCAAAGGGGUCCAGCCAUCUGACCUCUUCCUCUGCGUACCCACCCUGAGCUUACCGCUCAGCCUGUGGAGGAGUGCAGCAUCAGACCAUGGAAUUAGAAUAUUCUACGGUUGCAUCAGGUCCUUGGUAUAAGGCAAGGGCUGCCCUGAGGAGAUGCUUGCUCAGAAGCCAUUUCAGCUGGAAUGGUCAGGGAACCACUGAUACUGUACUGUCUUUAGUAAUAUAUAAGAAAUAAAGCUUUACAUGUAGCUAUAUUCAUAGCAUAACUGGUCUGUUUUAUAGGAUAUAUCUAUAUAUACAUAUAUGUACAGUGGUAAAAUAUGCUUUAUUUUCUACUGACUCUAUGUACAACGUAGUUGUAUGAAAUGUAUUAUUGUAUAUUCACUCGUGUUUUACCAUCAUUGCUGUCUAACUUUGCUGUUUAUUUUUUUUGCGGCUUGAAACAUCUGUAAUCCUUUCUCUUGUGACUUGAACCCACGAGCCCUUAAACCCUGGACCCUGACACAAGUGGUGGAUCUGUGGGGCCUAGUGGGAUAUAAGACUCUAGGAGAGAAAUGGUGCUGCUUGUCCUCAGUGUUUUCACUGGGCAAUCAAAAGGACGUGCUUAAAGGUAGAAAUAACCCUGCUCAAAGGUAGAGGGUAUCACCCCUUCUUAAAGGUAGAAAUAACCCUGCUUUAAAGGUAGAGGGUAUCACCCCUGCUUAAAGGUAGAAAUACCCCUUCUUAAAGGUAGAAAUAACACUGCUUAAAGGUAGAGGGUAUCUCCCCUUCUUAAAGGUAGAAAUAACCCUGCUUAAAGGUAGAAAUAACACUGCUUAAAGGUAGAGGGUAUCACCCCUUCUUAAAGGUAGAAAUACCCCUUCUUAAAGGGAGAAAUAACACUGCUUAAAGGUAGAGGGUAUCACCCCUUCUUAAAGGUAGAAAUACCCCUUCUUAAAGGUAGAGGGUAUCACCCCUUCUUAAAGGUAGAAAUAACACUUCUUAAAGGUAGAGGGUAUCACCCCUUCUUAAAGGUAGAAAUAACCCUUCUUAAAGGGAGAAAUAACACUGCUUAAAGGUAGAAAUACCCCUUCUUAAAGGGAGAAAUAACACUGCUUAAAGGUAGAGGGUAUCACCCCUUCUUAAAGGUAGAAAUACCCCUUCUUAAAGGUAGAGGGUACCACCUCUUCUUAAAGGUAGAAAUACCCCUUCUUAAAGGGAGAAAUAACACUGCUUAAAGGUAGAGGGUAUCACCCCUUCUUAAAGGUAGAAAUACCCCUUCUUAAAGGUAGAAAUACCCCUUCUUAAAGGUAGAAAUAACACUUCUUAAAGGUAGAGGGUAUCACCCCUUCUUAAAGGUAGAAAUACCCCUUCUUAAAGGUAGAGGGUAUCACCCCUUCUUAAAGGUAGAAAUACCCCUUCUUAAAGGUAGAGGGUAUCACCCCUUCUUAAAGGUAGAAAUACCCCUUCUUAAAGGUAGAGGGUACCACCCCUUCUUAAAGGUAGAGGGUAUCACCCCUUCUUAAAGGUAGAAAUACCCCUUCUUAAAGGUAGAGGGUACCACCCCUUCUUAAAGGUAGAAAUACCCCUUCUUAAAGGUAGAGGGUACCACCCCUUCUUAAAGGUAGAGGGUAUCACCCCUUCUUAAAGGUAGAGGGUAUCACCCCUUCUUAAAGGUAGAAAUACCCCUUCUUAAAGGUAGAGGGUACCACCCCUUCUUAAAGGUAGAAAUACCCCUUAUUAAAGGUAGAGGGUAUCACCCCUUCUUAAAGGUAGAGGGUAUCACCCCUUCUUAAAGGUAGAGGGUAUCACCCCUUCUUAAAGGUAGAGGGUAUCACCCCUUCUUAAAGGUAGAGGGUAUCACCCCUUCUUAAAGGUAGAGGGUAUCACCCCUUCUUAAAGGUAGAGGGUAUCACCCCUUCUUAAAGGUAGAGGGUAUCACCCCUUCUUAAAGGUAGAGGGUAUCACCCCUUCUUAAAGGUAGAGGGUACCACCCCUUCUUAAAGGUAGAAAUACCCCUUAUUAAAGGUAGAGGGUACCACCCCUUCUUAAAGGUAGAGGGUAUCACCCCUUCUUAAAGGUAGAGGGUAUCACCUCUUCUUAAAGGUAGAAAUAACCCUGCUUAAAGGUAGAGGGUAUCACCUCUUCUUAAAGGUAGAAAUCACCUCUUCUUAAAGGUAGAAAUAACCCUGCUUAAAGGUAGAGGGUACCACCUCUUCUUAAAGGUAGAAAUAACCCUGCUUAAAGGUAGAGGGUAUCACCUCUUCUUAAAGGUAGAAAUAACCCUGCUUAAAGGUAGAGGGUAUCACCUCUUCUUAAAGGUAGAAAUAACCCUGCUUAAAGGUAGAGGGUACCACCUCUUCUUAAAGGUAGAAAUAACCCUGCUUAAAGGUAGAGGGUAUCACCUCUUCUUAAAGGUAGAAAUCACCUCUUCUUAAAGGUAGAAAUAACCCUGCUUAAAGGUAGAGGGUACCACCCCUUCUUAAAGGUAGAAAUACCCCUUAUUAAAGGUAGAGGGUACCACCCCUUCUUAAAGGUAGAAAUACCCCUUAUUAAAGGUAGAGGGUAUCACCCCUUCUUAAAGGUAGAGGGUAUCACCCCUUCUUAAAGGUAGAGGGUAUCACCCCUUCUUAAAGGUAGAGGGUAUCACCCCUUCUUAAAGGUAGAGGGUAUCACCCCUUCUUAAAGGUAGAGGGUAUCACCCCUUCUUAAAGGUAGAGGGUAUCACCCCUUCUUAAAGGUAGAGGGUAUCACCCCUUCUUAAAGGUAGAGGGUAUCACCUCUUCUUAAAGGUAGAAAUAACCCUGCUUAAAGGUAGAAAUACCCCUUCUUAAAGGUAGAAAUAACCCUGCUUAAAGGUAGAGGGUAUCACCCCUUCUUAAAGGCCUUGUAUGUCUGCAACCUAGUCCCUCUUAACUCUCUUUCUACUGACUUGUUAUUAUCAUGAUUCUUUUGACUGCUGUUAACUUCAGUUUGUUGUUACUGUUUGUCACAGCCCUUUUGCACUGAUGGGGAAGCUACAGGGGGUCUCCAUCUGCUGUUGGGGAGGUCCUGCGACUGUUCUUUAUUAUUAUUAUUAUUAUUAUUAUGGUGACAUAAAAGAUGCCUGUUGAGCACAAGGUCUUUGUGAUUUGAACAAGAUUUCAUUCUCUUUGCCCUGACCCAGUGAAUCUUUUAUGUGUGUGUUGUCAAUCUGCUCAUUGACACUGUUUGGACCAGAACCACACAGAUUAUAACACUCCUGCACUGGGUGUAGUAGGGAACCUCUAUCCUGUCUUUGCAGUAUUGAGGUGAUGCUCAUACUGUAACUACAAAUAACCUCGGCAAGCCUUGCAGAAUGUGUGUCGUUCUGUCAUUUCUAUUACUUUUUAUAGCCUUAGCAUGACUUCAUUAUUGCCUUGUUAACAGGGUAGGAUGAAGUGGAAAAGGAUCGCUUUGAAAUAUUCUGUCAAUAAAACUAUUUUAGGUUUA